CAAGUGGGGUGGGGUGAAAGUGGGUAGCCUAAAUGCUCAAUUCCCUUAUUUCCGGGAGGGUGGACUCAUUGAACUUAAUCCCUCAUACGAGAAGUGAAAGUACUUCUCCGUGUUUUCCUUUGGUUUCGUUUUGCGCGCCCCCCUUCGCUUCUUGCUGCUGGCUCACAAGCGGGGAUUGCAUGCUUCUUGAUGCUCGCGCUUUCUACUUCUCAGGAAUUUCUUCCCUUCCGCAAGAAGUAGGGAAGACUCCCUUCUGUGACUGACACCCAGUCACGUUCACGCUUGCUGAUUGCCAGCCCCUUCAUAUUAUGAAGCAGUAGCAGACAAUGCAGUGAUGACAUUUACCUGACUUCCCAAAAGGUGUCUCACUGCCGCUUACUGGGAAGGAGAGAGCAGCACAAUGCAGACAUACCUGCAAGAGCACCAGACUGGCUUUGCUGGUGCAUUUGCAUUGUGAUGGCAGUGAUUCACCUGCUGGGAGGUCAGGUGAACAACGAGGUCUUUCUCAGGUGUACGACAUGGUGUCAGAAACCUCUUCCAGCAGCAGGGCUGGCAUGUAGCACUAUUUCAACAUCGUCCCGAUGGCAUCCCUCCAGCUCUUACCUCUGUGCUUCCUAUUAGUAACCACUCAGGGAUCUAGUGACUUCCCUACUUUCACGUGUGAUGAAGAUGUUACUGCAGCACUUGGGAAAACCGUUAACCUUACAUGUGAGAACAACAAAGCAAUGCUAAAUGCAACAGUGAGGUUCUGUCAUAAUGAGACAAGUUGUCCAAAGGAAAGUGACCUCAACUCAAUAAGCAAUAAAUAUAUUACUGACAAUGGAAGAAUUUCAUUGAUGCUGAUAAAUCAAUCUGUUAUCCUCAGUGUCCACAAAGUAAAAAUAUCUGACCAAAGACAUUAUAAGUUUUUUUUGGAAGCUGUUAAUGGAGAUGAUCACAACAAAAUUAUAUAUCUAAAGGUUGUUGCACCGUAUUCUGAACCUCAAAUCAAAAUUCAGAAGGACACUGUGGUGUGCACAGCAUCGGGAGGGCAUCCACAGAGGCAGCUCUAUUGGUUUGGUGACCAUGGAACCAACCUGACUCACAAUUCAAAACUUGUGUCUUUGAAAAAUGAAGAUGGCUCAUUCUCUCUCAUCAGUACUCUUCAGCGGCAUUCUCUUGAUAGUGGCACGAUAUGCUGCUCCAUCCUCAACAGCAACACAAAUUGUGAUAAUCCCCAGGGUUCUGCUCUUGUUCAUGUUGGAAAUGAAACAACUACCAAUAAAGUACCACAAGAUGUAGAAAAGAAAAUAUUAAUUCCAGUUUUCAUCGUUGUUAUCCUGGCAGCCAUUUGUGCUGUUACGUUUUUUCAUUGCAGAAAGAAUAAAGGUGCAAUAAGGAAUAAAUAUCUCCAGCGGCUUUUCCUAUCUGAAGAGAUGAUAUAGGAAUGUCAGUGACAAACCAAAUUGAAGCAAAUGCAGUGACUGGAUCAAGAAACACAUGGAAAACUGUAACACUGUGGGACUCUGCAAUUCAGAUUGCGAAGGCAAAGGACUUCUGCUCUGCAAGCCCAUCUUACGACAUCUCUAAGCCAUUUUAGUGUCUUAUUAGUCAAGAAAGACUUGCCUUUCAUGUGAAAGAAGCAGUCUGCUGUUUGGAUUCCACUUCUUUCUCCAGCAUAAUACAAUGUAUCUUUCUUCAGGUUUUGAACAGGAUUGUUUUCCUGCAGCACUCCUUUAUAUAGCAUCUUUAGAUAGUCCUCUCUGUAAUAGUUGCAGCAGACUAGGUAUAUUAAUGUGGCAGCAACAGUAUAGUCAUCUGCAUUCAAAUCUCACCUUUGUUAAAUACCUUCUGAAAAGCCUUGGACAAAUCAGAAUUGUGAUCUAAAGGUACAAAUA